CGGCUGUUUAGUACAGUUCCUGAUGUCGUGUUGCGGCUGCUGCUGCUACCCUGGCGUGAGCGCUUUCGUAUCUAAAGGUUAACAUCUAGUGUCCUCAUGUAUGUAUUUGCAUCUCAAUGUCAGGCCUCCACUCAGCAUCUUCUGGAUGUCCAAAUACAAACUCUUCCUGCUCAGGCAUGGGGAAGGGGCCUGGAACAAGGAGAACCGUUUCUGCAGCUGGGUUGACCAGAAGUUGAGUGAGAACGGGGUGGUGGAAGCCCAAGAAUGUGGCAGGCUCUUGAAAGAAAACGGGUACCAGUUUGACCAGGUAUUUACCUCCAUACUGAGUCGUUCUAUUCAGACGGCCUGGGUGGUGCUGGAGGCCAUGGGACAAGAAUGGGUCCCAGUCACCAAAUGCUGGAGGUUGAACGAAAGGCAUUACGGUGCCCUGAUCGGCCUCAAUCGGGCCGAGAUGGCAUUGAACCAUGGUGAAGAACAGGUUAAAAAGUGGAGGCGCAGCUAUGAUGUCACUCCACCCCCUAUUGAUGAGUCACAUCCCUAUUAUGCUGAAAUUUAUAACGAUCGCAGAUACAGUACGUGUGACGUUCCACAAGAAGAACUACCCAAAACAGAAAGUCUGAAGGAGGUGUUGGACAGACUACUCCCUUACUGGAAUGAUGUCAUAGUACCAGUGAUCAAGAGUGGCAGAACUGUGCUCAUAUCAGGGCAUGGCAACAGCUGCAGGGCCCUGCUUAAACACUUGGAAGGUAUAUCGGAAACAGACAUUGUCAGUGUAACCUUACCAACCGGAGUACCAAUCUUACUGGAACUGGAUGAGGAUCUUCAACCCGUGAAACCCCGUCAGCUCCUUGGUGACCAGGCCAAAAUUCAGGCAGCUAUCAAAAAGGUGGAGGAUCAAGGGAAGGUGAAUGCGGGAAAUAAGUAGGGACAUUCCUAUGGAAAAUGUUACUUGUUAAAGCUGUGCAAUUAUUGAAACAGAAAAGUUACUGGCAAAGUGAUUUUUGUAUUAUGUUGUGAGGUUCUGAAUCAUUAUACCUGAAGGAUUAUAGCAGCAUAUAAAGUUUGUCCAAGGUCAUCUGAUGUAAAUAGUGGUUUCAUAAGGCAUUAUAUAUGUCAAGCACUGGUUACUGAUCGAAAAUGCAGGAUACAAAUAUAUUUUCUCAUGGCAUGAGGGAUGCAGACACUGAUAUAAAUUAUUUUAAGUGUACAUUUAAUGAAAUGUGCUGGUGUUUUUGUUAGCUCCUGCUUUUGAACCUGUUUUGUAAUGGAUUUUAAACCACAGAAAACCAGUGGUGCCUUCCUCUUAGGGCAAAAGACUAAUAAUUCCAGAUUCCAGAAUCUGGAAUUAUUCUGCCAUAUACAAAAGCAAACCAUAGUAACUACAGCAACACAUGUUUAAGAAAUCUGUUAGCAUUUAUUCACCCUCAUGUUGUUCCAAACCUCUAUGACUUUUUUUCUGUAAAACACAGAAGACAUUUGAGAAAUUUGAGUAUGUCUGUACAGUGGAAGUCUGUGGAUGCGCUAAAAUUAUGUUUGCUUACCAGCGCUCUUAAAAUAUUUUUGUUUGUGUUCUUCUGAAGUAAGAAAGUCAAACAGGUUUGGAAUGACAUCUGCCCCGCAGAUCCCCAGAUGCAUGUCACAGACUGUCUAGAAUUACUUGACACUCCUCCACUGCCUGACUCUUUCAUAGCACAGAUUAGGCACCAAUUUUAAAAACCUUUUUAUGUUUAAACCGUUUAUUCAAGCUUUUGUUCAUGAAGAUUGGCCUUAUAAUAUUUAAAUGAAGGAGAAUGUUUCAUUUAUUUGGUUCAUUUAAACUGGCUUAAUAUAUUGUACAUUGUUAAAUAGCUUUGUAUAAAGUAUGUUUGUUAAAUUUUCAGACGGUAUAAAAACAUAAUUGUGCUAUAUGAAGGGGACACUUUGUUCAACCUAUGUAUUAAGGGAGAUAUUAAGUUAAUGUCUUAACCAAGUUUUAGUACCUUAAAACUAAGGUAUAUAAUUGUUUUUAGAUUACAUACUACUGUUACGCUGUCAACCAACAUUAACCAAUACAAUAUGCAAAGAGAACAGCAAAUUUACUUUGUCACUUGAGCCAAGUAAACAUUGCACCAUUGUUGUCUAAAAUGUGCAUUGCAAUAUCUGCAAUUUGUUUAUGUAGUGUGUUUAAUGUGUGUUUAUCACUGAACUGUAUGUAGUACAAUUGAGGAAGUUUUAUAUGUUUGCCUAUUUUGUAAUGGUGAUCAUGGUGAAUUCAAGUGUUAUGUGUCUAUGUUUGCUAUCCCGUCAGACUACUAUGAUGUAACUGAGGCACAUUGUAGCUCAUUUUAUGUGGUUAUGCUUUGUUUCUCACUAACUAGCACAACAGGUCUGCUGGGUUUAGCACAUCCCUUCACUAAAAAGUAGGUAAAAUAUAUUUUCUUUGUUACGGUUACAUUAUGUUUCAAAUAGAAUAAUAUAUAAAAAUAAAGAUGACACACAUAUAUAUAUAUAUAUAUAUAUAUAUAUAUAUAUAUAUACACACACAUAUGUGGUGUGAUGUAGUCUUUCAGGAAAGUAGCAGCAUCAUUGGAAUGCACAAGGCAUGUCGUGUUUAUUUUGUGAAAUGCCAAGAGCACAAGGUAACCAGGAGGAGGUGCUACAUUGCAGAACUUACUAAGGAAACAUUACUUCUGUGGGACAAAUGUUGAGGGCAGGAUCUUGAUAGGGUAUUUGUUUUCGCAGAAAGUACUAAUGAUAUAAAAAACUGGUUUUGGUUGUUUAAUGGAAUGUAGCACUCGACAAACUACCACUCAGUGUAAUCCUGAAGUUUUCGUGGUAUGUUCUCAAACAGGCAAUAAAUCAAGAGGAGCUGAUAAA